CAUGGCGUCUAUUUUAGCGUGGAAGCAAGUGGGAAGUGUGCUACGAAACUUCCUUGCUUUGGAAGAGCGGAUGUUGUACAAUCUUCGAAUUAUCUACGCAAGGCAGUACUUACCAGUUUAUGCUUUGUCGGGGAACAUUGUUUCGUCCAUCGAAUCGACUGAAUGCUUACAAACAGAAAGACACACCGAUGAUGGAUAUUUAUUAAUGGCAGUUCCUAAGAAGAGGACCACGGUACACAAACGGAAAUUGAGAAAUCGGCACAAGCAGCUUAAGAACAGAACGGACAUCGAGAUCUGUGCAGUAUGCGGUAACUACAAGGUGGAGGGUCAGUUGUGCGGUUACUGUGUGGAAAGAAUAAAGAAGGAAACGAAAGAGUUUCGAAAGGAGAAAAACGAAGAUUCGAUUCAAUGGCCAGUACCGGAGUUUUUGAAAAAGUUCAGAACAUAGUGAGUUGUGGAACUAAUACCAUUAAGGCCUCUGCUAUUUUUUACCGAAAAGCGAUACUUGCAACGAGAGGGCUUUGGUUUGAGUGCAAAGUUGUGGUCCCCAUUCAAUGAAUUUUGCCAUCAAGCUCAGUUUCCAUAUUUUUCAUGGCUGCUUUGUUCAGCAAGACCUUGAAACAUGAUGACCUUGUACUGAUAAGAAACAUUUUGUUAUCUGUUGUUUGGAAUUUUAUUUUCGUGGAUCUUACCUGAUGGCGGUGUAGCUGUUUGUUGUGUGCAGGGCAAAAUGUUUACGUUAUGCAUGCCCUAAGUACUAUUUCGAUGUAAUGUGAAACAACCAUGAAAGAACUGAAAAUGACCUUUUUGUUAAUAAGUAAAAUGAAAAGGAGGAGGACAUUAUAGCAUAACUCCCCUGUGGCCUCAAAUCACUAAAAUUGCUGGCUCCCAUUUUGCACUCUGACCAGGCUCAAUUGCCAGCCACUGUUAGGAAAACGAGUUGGGCCUCGUCCCCCCCAACCCCUCCCCUCCCCCUUCCCCCCAUUCCCCAAAGGCGUGGUUGGAUCUGCUGUUCAGGCAUCCAGAGAAAACAGCAGAAAAACAGCAGUCGUCAAGCAUUAGAUACAGAGUGAUUCUUGUAAUGCAAAUCAAGUUCACAUUCUUCAUGUCGGCAUACCAAGGAAAGACUUAAUUGCUAUAAAAUUCUGACCCACAGACUGACACCUAAGUAGAUUUUUACAUGAAACAGGCAGAUCCAGUACCAAUCACAUUUUUUGAGUCAGCCCUUUAACCCCAAAGAGUGACUAGCAUCUAAUUUCUCUAUUCAUUAUAACUUCUUAAUCAAAUGUUAACAGUAUAAGAAUAAAGGAAAUGACCACCAACCGAAGAAUCUCUUUAUUAUCAAACAAAUUCUCCUUGUCAGCACUUUAGGAAAUGUAUUGCGAACAGUAUGGAGAAUAUGCAUACUGAUGUUAGGGUGUAAUGGGUGAAGGGCUGAGCAGAUUUUCAUCAGGCAUUCAUCUUAUUAGUAAUAACAAAUAUUAAAG